AUGGACAAACAAACUUACCCACCAAUUCCCGUCUUCAAUCCAUCCACUCAAGAACUGGCAUCUACGUCUUCGCAACAGCACACGCCUUGUGCUCCAUGUACAACUCUCUCCUUAACCUAUGACAAACAACCUCUCAGCCCAUACGCACCAGAUUUUACAUUUGAAUUUAAUGCUUUACCAGCCCAUUCAAUACCACGAACCUUAAAUACCCCAGCCUAUCAGCCACCCACAAGGAAUCGCGCGCAUGUGUCCAAGACAGCGACUCAACCUAAAGCACAGUCUGUUCGCUCUCCUUCGAUAAAAAGUUUCUUACAAUUUGACGUUGCAAAGAGUAACAAACAAUCACCUACAUCACCUCCGGAAUCCUCUCCACCAAACAAGCUCCCUCGCUCGUCACAAUUCACUAGUGAUUCCUCCGCCUACAAAAGGGACACUUCAACAGUUAUGAAGCCGAACCAGGAGGAAUUUGCUAGAGAUUCAGAAAUCUUGAAGACAUUGGAAAGGUGGAGAAAGGAGGACAACCAAGCCAAAGAGACAAUGAAGUCAGAGAAUCUUAGAGAAAUCUCUGAAGCCCGUAUUGAGCACUCCAACCAGCUAACUUCUCUUCGUGAAGAAAAUGCUGUCCUGAAAAAUCAAAUAAAUGAUCUAAAAGCACGCGUUACGAUACUAGGAACGGUAAACGGUGGAUCUGCCUCUGCGGCAUACGACGUGUCAACCCAAGCAAGAGCUGACAACUUAGCCCAGCUUAAAAACAAUCUGAUCAGUGCCAGCAUCUCCGCCGUUGACAAAUAUAUGCGUAAGAAUAAUGUCAUUGUUCGUGGUCUUCCUGUGGAGGCGGACAAUGCAACUGCUAAAUUGAAUGAUUUUAUUAGGGCAAAUUUUAAGAUAAACAACGCAGUCAAAGACGCUCGGUUGUUAAAUUCAAAGAACCCAACCAUUAUAGCCACUCUUAGCGACGCUAGUGUCAAGAAAACCAUAAUGGCCAAGAAGAAGCUCCUCAAACCCGGUGUUUACAUCGAUCACGACCUAACGUACGAGGACGGGGCAAUCGCGGCCAAGCUGAGAGCUGAAGCGAGGAAAUUGAGAGCUGAAGGCAAUUCAGUGAAGAUUGGUCACCAGAGAAUCUACAUAAAUGGCACAGGUUUCAAAUUUGAUUCGUCUCUAAAUUCCAUCGUACCUUGCACUUCGCAAUCAACCAGCAUAUCCACUUCACCCUCAGCUCCUGCGCAAACAUCAACGCACCAGCAUUCACCUCAAAAACAGAAUUAAUGAUAACUCCAGC